UAUGCAUCUUUUGACGAUUUUAAAACCUAAAAAUUAUGAAGCGUUGCAACGCGAAACGAUUGAAUAAUUUGGAGAGUUCUGUUUUGGUCGUUAAAUUUUGUGAAACUACGAAGAUUGCUUAUAAAUAAGGUACAUGACUGGGCAAUGGAAUAGAUGGUAUCAGAAAUUGUGUUUUAUUAAAUCUGCUUUGCUGAAACAAACCCAGAAAAAGACCAUGAAGAAAACUCAGCUUCAUGUGCAUGGUUUCACAGCUGAAGGGUUUCAAAAAGUUCGGCAGACCUUUCAAGCAAACCUAGAUGCUGGCCUCGAGCGAGGAGGCAGUUUCGCUGUGUAUUAUCGAGGUGAGCUUGUCGUCAAUCUAUGGGGUGGCUAUUCAGACUACGAAAGUAGACGCCUGUGGAAGGAAGACACCCUCUCCACAUUCUUCUCCUCUACCAAGGCCCUGGCAGCUUUUGUGAUUGCCCAUCUUGCAGACAGAGGGUUACUGGAUUACAAGGAGCGGGUCUCUCUCUACUGGCCAGAGUUUGCACAAAACGGAAAGGAACAGAUCACUGUGGAACAGCUUAUUUCAAAUCAGGCUGGACUUAUCACCUUAGACAAGCCUUUUUGGUUGGCAGAGCUUCACAGUGACCCAUCUGUAUUAGGACAGAAACUGGCAGAGCAAAAACCCUUCUGGACCCCUGGUGAGAAGCAUGGUUAUCACCCUCUGACAUUUGGUUUAUACCUUGACCAGUUGGUGCGACAUGUUGACCCUGCCCAUAGAUGCCUUGCAGACUACUUCCAGGAAGAGAUAGCCAAACCAUUUGACAUCGAGCUGUACAUUGGUUUGCCAAAAGCCUUGUGUCACCGAGCAACAAGGGUGGUUCUACCAAAGAACAUGGAUCAGUCAGUCAUGUUGCAGAACUUCAAGGGAGACCUUGAACUGUUAAUGAUGACUGGUAGAAACCCUCAGGAUUUCAAAAGUGUGUUGUCUAUGAACAAUCCUGACAUUCGUGAGUUGCCAGUCCCAUCAACACAUGGUCAUGCAACUGCGGCUAAUUUUGCAAAACUUUUUGGAAUUGUGGCUAAUAGGGGAAAACAUAAUGGGAAGACGUUCCUGUCAAUGACAGCCAUUGAGAGAUUCACCCGUCCCAUAGUGGCUGGUAUUGACUGCAGCUUCGGCAUGGACGCUGCCUGGAGUGUCGGCACCCAUCUCAUAACCAUGGUAACUGGGAACCAUCCGCCUGUUAACAUAUUCGGUCAUGGCGGCUAUGGAGGUCAGUAUGCAGCCUCUGACAUGCGACAUCAGGUGGGGUUUGCGUACACAACUGGGUUCCUGGACCCUUUCUCAUCUUACAGCACAAACGGGGACCAGCGCAUGUACUCCCUUGUGAACGCUAUGUACGACUGCGUGUUCCAUUUAGAAAAUAUCAAAGAAGAAAGACGUCUGUUUCCCUUUCAUUCCCAAUACCAGUGUUUUGUCAAUGAAAAACAAAGUGCUAGCAAGCUUUGACAUACUUUAUUAACUAGUAAUUGAAAAUAUAUUGGUAUGUCAUUUUAAGAGCAUGUAUUCUUAGCCAAUGGGCAUGUUAUACAAUAUUGGAACUCUAUAAUUGAUUCUUAGCCAAUGGGCAUGUUAUACAUUAUUAGAACUCUAUCAUUGAUUCUUAGCCAAUGGGCAUGUUAUACAUUAUUAGAACUCUAUAAUUGAUUCUUAGCCAAUGGGCAUGUUAUACAUUAUUAGAACUCUAUCAUUGAUUCUUAGCCAAUGGGCAUGUUAUACAUUAUUAGAACUCUAUAAUUGAUUCUUAGCCAAUGGGCAUGUUAUACAUUAUUAGAACUCUAUCAUUGAUUCUUAGCCAAUGGGCAUGUUAUACAUUAUUAGAACUCUAUAAUUGAUUCUUAGCCAAUGGGCAUGUUAUACAUUAUUAGAACUCUAUAAUUGAUUCUUAGCUGAUGGGCAUGUUAUACAUUAUUAUAACUCUAUAAUAGCCGAUGGGCAUGUUAUACAUUAUUAGAACUCUAUAAUUGAUUCUUAGCCAAUGGGCAUGUUAUACAUUAUUAGAACUUUAUAAUUGAUUCUUAGCCGAUGGGCAUGUUAUACAUUAUUAGAACUCUAUAAUUGAUUUCGUUCAAUGUGCUGCUGAUGGUGACUCCUGAUUAUUGCAUCUUGGUCUGGACAUUUAACCUGCCGCUUGUAUAUUCUCUGAUAUUUGAGCCUCACUGUGGGAAAACAGGGCAUGCAUUCCACACAGGCUUAUCAGGGUUGACUUUUCACUCUUAUUGUAUUUUCCUUUUAACAUUUUACCACUUAGAUAAGUAUUUUUACGCAUUUGUAGUACCUUAGGAAGUUAAAUUUAAUUAAAGACCUUUCUUACUAGAUUUAAGUUUAAAAGGCUUCAUUUCCAACCGUAAGAUACUGAUGAGCAGCAAAUAGCAUAAAACCUGAAAAGACUGAGAGUUACUCGCAGGCUGUUCUGGUUUUAUGCUGUUUGCACAUAGCCAUUUCCACUUUGCUUCUGAGACGGAAAGGGUUAAAGGAAGUCACUUUUUAACAAUAAUGCAAUUUCGAAAUAAAGUGUUGCCCCUGAGAAGCCUGUGCAGACUGCACAAUCUAAACUAGCAUGACAUUACACACAUACCCUGCUUUCUAAGAGCAAGGCACAUUUCUUGUUUGAUUUGUAUUGGUAUAUUAAUUGUUAUAUUUUACAAAAUAUAAUCCUCCUGCAUAAA